UCGCCCUCUGGUAUCGUUGAAAAACCCCACAGCUCCCCACAGCUUGCUUAUCUGUCCCGUUCCCUGCACUCAUAUCUAAGAUCGCCAACAUGAUCGCUUUCAAGGCUCCCGAAAAGGAUAUUCUUGCUACGGCUCCUACGCUGCCGUACAAGCAAUUCCUCCUCUUUGGCGACUCCAUCACCCAGGGCGCCUUUGAUCAGACUAAAGGGUUUGCUCUAGGCGCUCAGUUGGCUCAUGAUUAUAUGCGCCGCCUAGACGUUGUGGACCGCGGCCUUAGUGGAUACAACACCGACCAGGCCCUCGCCAUAAUCGAAUACAUCUUCCCUCCUCCAACCACCGCCAAAAUCGACUACAUGACCCUCUUCUUCGGUGCCAACGACUCCUGCCACAUCGGCGGCGUCAGCCACCAACACGUCCCCCUCCAAACCUACCGCGAGAACCUCCUCGCUAUCCUCUCCCACCCGCUCCUCCUCGCGCACAACCCACGCAUCAUCAUUAUCACCACCCCGCCCGUGGAUGAGUAUCAACUCGCCGAGGAGACCCGCUCAGAUGGGCGUGUUGACCGCAGUCGCAGCGCCGAGAAUGCCCGGGCAUACGCUGAAGCUGGGAAGGCCGUCGGGGAGGCGCUGAGAGCAGAAGGACGGGAAGUUGUCGUUUGUGACCUGUGGAGCGCGUUGAUGGCGCGGACAGGGUGGAGCGGCGAGGGCGUGCUCCCGGGCAGUUUGAAGACGGAUAAGAAUCCUGCCUUUGCUGAGUUGCUCUCCGAUGGCCUCCACUUCAACCCCCCCGCCUAUCGGGUCCUUUAUGAUGAGCUUCGCCAGACCCUGGAACAGACCUGGCCAGACAGCCACCCAGAGCGCCUGGAGAAGCAUUUUCCAGAUUGGAACUCCUGGUUUUAGGGUUUUGCGGUUGACCGGCCGGAAUGUGAGCAACGACUUGAGCAGGUUUCGCGACGCGAACAGCGAGAGCAGCACGCGCAUGUGGUGACGGUUCGAGAGGGAGGCUUUCGUGAGUGCGGCGAGAGGCGGAG